AUGCCACCUAUUCCCGGCCGGCCAUGGGAGCCCCGGAGAAUCAUCUGUUACCACCAAACCAUCAUCCCUGGCGGACAAUAUUGCUCCAUGCGCCCGCUGCUGCAAAACAACACGGGGAUCACACAUAUCAUCAUUGCGGCAUUCCACAUCAACGAAGAUCCAAACAGGAUCACUCUAAACAAUGACCCCCCCGAAGACACCUGCCACGACUCCCUGUGGGCGGAAGUGCCGCAUCUCCAACAGACCGGCGUGAAAGUCAUGGGCAUGUUAGGGGGCGCGGCGCCGGGCUCGUUCCAGCGCCUAGACGGCGACCAGGAGCAAUUCGAGCGGUACUACAGCCCGCUACUGGCCGUCAUUCGGCGCCAUGGACUCGACGGCCUCGAUCUCGAUGUCGAAGAGGAAAUGUCUCUGUCCGGCAUCAUCCGGCUGAUCGAUCGCCUGAAGGCUGAUCUGGGCGACUCAUUUAUCAUCACCCUCGCGCCGGUCGCCGCAGCUUUACUGGGUUUAGGCAAUCUCUCGGGGUUCGACUAUCGCGAGCUCGAGCAGGCUCGCGCCUCGAAGAUUAGCUGGUACAAUACCCAGUUCUACAAUGGCUGGGGUCCCGCUGAUGAUCCGCGCAUGUACGCCAUGAUGAUUGCGCAGGGCUGGGCGCCGCGGCGGGUGGUGUUUGGGCUGUUGACGAACCCGGGUAAUGGUUCGCAGGGCUACGUGCCGGGGGAGAAGCUCGGGCCGAUUCUGGCGAUGCUGAUUGAGCAGUUCCCGACGUUUGGUGGGGUUAUGGGCUGGGAGUAUUACAAUGCCCUGCCGGGGCAACGGGAGAAGCCGUGGCAGUGGGCGACGGAGAUGUGCCUGAGUAUGGGCAUGAAAGAUGUGGUUGUUGCAGCACGACAGAUACUGACGGAAGGGCCGAUGGCGGAUAGUCUGGCGAAUCUCCUGCGGGAUAUGAUGAACCAGGGGCAGGGGUCGUGA